UAAAUGCCAGUGCUCAUGUAUUUUCUGCACAUUUCAAUAGGCGCAACGGCUUUGACUGGACAUUCGUCCAGCGUUUGAUAAGCAUCCGCGGGUUUUUGUCACCAUGCAGUGCCGCGGACAAACAGUCUUCUUGUGUUUAAGUGUUCUUCUUUCUCUUACUUCUGCUGAUACUCUCGGAGCAGGGCUCAAACUUCUUGGAAGGGUGUACGACAACUGUGAAAGGUCACAGGAGAUCGUCAAGUGUUUCAAGGUCAAUGCCGCCAAAAUCAUCGACCGAGCUGCCAGAAUGGACGCCCUUCCGAUCUUGGAAGGAAUAUCAUUAGUUCGAAGACCGGACAUAGGAAGAGCAUUUCCAUCUUCACUUCCUGAAGGCGACUUGAACACACUGCCGUCGGAACAAGUAGAUAAAUAUCUUAAUUUGGCAACUACAAAACUAAUGCAGACACAUCGCGUCGUGCUAACUCCAACAACUGUAGGCGAAGAUGUAGCAAGAUCAAUGAGUGAGGCGAGAGGCAAACUGAAGAAGAUGAUUGGACCUAUCCUAGCUGGUGUUGCUAUCAAAGGAGGAUUCUUGGCAAUCGCCUUCCAGGCCAUAGCCUUGAUUGCUGGCAAAGCCCUGCUCAUUGGCAAGAUAGCAUUACUUUUAUCUGCAAUCAUCGGUCUGAAGAAGCUCGUAUCUGGCGGAGAAUCUCAUGAGAAGACUACGUAUGAAAUAGUGAAGCAUCCGCAGGUGUCUCAGAGUCAUACUUAUUCGUCUUCCCACUACGGAGGUGACUUUGAUGCUACUGGUCCAGGUGGACACUACAGAAGGAGCGUUGAAGAUGAAGCUGCAGCACAGGAUAGGGCCUACAGAGCCUAUGCCGCUAAGCAGCAGUAAAAAGAGACAAUAUUGAAAAAAAUGGCUUACGACUCUUAACAAAUAAUAACGACAACGGGCAUUUAAACAAUACUCAACGUAUUUUGGCCCUUUUGCUGUAGCAAAUAGGAGGCAAAUAUUUAAAUUAUUUAUUGUAAUGCAAAAACGACACUAGAGGAGAUUAUAUAAAAGAUAACUAUUUAUUCGCUAGUACGUAUGACGUAGACUACGCCGAAAUGUAUCCAAAUAUUUAAUGGCAUGAUUAUGUUGAUAUAAUAAUUAAAUUACAUAUCGCAUAAUGUAAAUAACAGCGUAUGUAAUAAGUAUUAAUCGUAUAAUCUUUCGCACCAUAUUUAUCUUUGUAUUCAUAAUGCAGAUUAUUGACAUAACAAUUAUUAAUAAUAACACAUAAUGAUGGUAUAAUAUUUGUAAGUAGGGUAGUCGACGGGUACUAUGCAUUUCUGUUCUAAACGUUCAGUUGUCCAAUUUUGUAAAAAUAGUAUUAAGAAUAUAUGUUAAAAUGAUUAGGAUAUUUAAUUAUGUUUGUUAAGGUGCUGCUUUAGUAUAAGUAGAAAUAUUCCAUUUCAUCUCGUAAUCGAUAAUAAUAAGGUGGUCACGCGAGUACCUUUAAUGAAUUAUAUUUAUUACAAAAUGUUAUAUGAUUUAUAUAAUAUAAUAAUAGCAUAAUAGUCUAAUUAUAUGUUGAUGGAAGAUAUUCUUGGUGAGAUAAUGGGUGGAAUGAAAAUAAUUUACAGUUCUGUCUUGUUUUAUUUCCGGGACCGGCGUGAGUGGUUGCCAUGGCUCAAAUAAAACUAUUGUUACAUGAA